AUGGUGCUGCUAGCUACUGCACAAGCUCUUCUCAUCUCGCCUACUCGACUUGCACAUCCAGUACGAAUGCUGAUUGACCCAGGCUCAGAACUCACGCUUAUCGCCCAACAGCUCACUCUCCUGCUCGGUCUCAUGCCCUCUGAUUCUCGCAUUCCAAUCAUUGGAGUCGGAAACGUGCCGUCAGGAUCAACAAAGGGUACUGUUGAAAUAUCUCUACGCUCUACGCACUCUGACGACCAGGUCAAUCUCCACGCGCACGUACUGCCAUCUCUCACUGUCGAGCUGCCUCCAGUCGCCAUCUCCAGUCAAUCCUGGCCUCACAUCGCCGAUUUGGAUCUUGCUGAUCCAAAACACUUUUCACCAGGUCGAAUUGACAUACUCGUCGGAGCAGACUCGUAUGGCCUGAUAAUCAAGCCUGGAGUAAGAGCUGGACAACCAGGUCAGCCUAUUGCGAUUCAGACAAUCUUCGGAUGGGCUGUUCUUGGACCUAUUACUCAAUCGCCUCACUCAUCGCCUGCGCAUCAACAUCAUCUUAUCUCCAAUUCACAUCUACACGAGCUCGUGACAAGGUUUUGGGAGGUCGAGGAAGUUCCAUCGACUCACCAGGAAUCUCUCACCGCUGAAGAAGCUGAGUGCGAGGCUCACUUCAUCGCAACGCACUCUCGCGACAGCUCAGGUCGCUACAUCGUGCGUUUGCCAUUCAAAUCAAAUGCUCCGCCUCUUGGACACUCGAAAGGCAUCGCACAACGCUCGCUAGCUCGACUACUAAAUCGCCUAUCGCAUCAACCUGAACUUCAUCGACUGUACCAAGACUUCCUCAACGAGUACGAGUCUAUGGGUCACAUGGAGAAAGUCCAGCCUCAAAACACUUUCACGGACGGAUAUUACUUGCCUCAUCACGGCGUAAUGCGCAAUAAUAAAAUCCGAGUAGUGUUCAACGGCUCCUCCAAGACCACUUCAGGUUACACGGUCAACGACCUGCUGCACACUGGUCCUAAAACCCAGAAUGACAUCUUUGACGUGCUGCUCUACGUCAGACGUCAUCACUACAUCUUCACAACAGACGUUGUGAAAAUGUUUCGCCAAAUCUCGGUGCAUCCAGACGAUCGCAAGUAUCAACGCAUCCUCUGGGUUGACGACAAUUCUCGAAUCCAGGAGUAUGAGCUCACGACAGUUACCCACGGUACCAAGCCUGCUCCAUACCUCUCAGGCCGCGCGCUGCAGCAAUUGCUGCUCGACGAAGGUCACCUGUUCCCUCUCGCAAAGGAACCCUUCGAACAAGGCAGCUACGUUGAUGAUGUCACUGGCGGUGCUGAUGAUCUCGACUCGCUAAACGCCAUCGCUACUCAAGUUGAAGAGAUGUGCCUACGGGGAAGCUUCCCACUGUCAAAGUGGAAAAGUAAUCACCCGGACUUCUUUAAACUUCGCUCAUCUCGAUCAUCCUGCUCCGAGACUCAUGAAUUCAGCGAGUCAUCCUCCAAGAUACUGGGUCUCACCUGGCAAUGCGCUCCAGAUCUGUUCAAGUUCACCGAUCAGUCGGUACAAAGACCAGCCAUCACCAAACGCACAAUCCUGUCUGAGACAGCUCAAUUGUUUGACCCUCUAGGGUUAAUAUCACCAGUCGUAGUUCGUGCUAAGGUGCUGAUGCAAGAUCUCUGGCAACAAAAGGUCGGAUGGGACGAUCAACUCACUCCGCAGAUUAUUCAUCGCUGGAUGACAUUCCGCCAGGAACUCUCUCAGCUCUCGCAACUAGCAAUCCCUCGCUGGCUGCAACUUCGCUCUGACGACACGGAAGUCGAAAUCCACGGCUUCUCGGACGCAUCACUAGCUGCAAUGGCAGCUGUUGUCUACGUCAAGGUCUCAACUCCUGGGGAAUCAUCAAAGGUGACUCUGGUCUGCUCCAAGACACGAGUUGCGCCCCUGAAUCGCCUAACAAUACCACGAUUGGAGCUUUCAGCUGCACUGCUCUUAUCAAAACUCAUCAAGCGAGUUCAAUCGACUCUCCAACUCAAUCAUGCUCAUGUUACCUUGUGGACAGACUCCUCAGUAUCCCUCGCUUGGAUCAACAGUGACGCAAUGCGUUGGAAGGAGUUCGUGAAGAACCGGGUUCAAGCCAUCCAGACAACUACACCUGAUGCCACGUGGAAGUUUGUCUCAGGGAAGCACAACCCCGCAGACUGA